UCACACUUUGAAUGCAUUGAGACUCACAUUAAGCAUACAAUCAAUGAAUGUAAGCAUUGGUUGUAUUGAAAGUGAUUUAACCAUUAAUUGAAUUCAUUAACCGAAACAUUGAUUUGCCAGAAGGACAACAAAAUGGCGUUGAGUUCAUUUGCCGUCAGAUCUAUGAAUUUGAGCCGAAGUGCGACCUCAAAGGUUUCAUUUCUUAAAAAUCUAUCAAAGGCCUAUUCGCCGGUUGGCUUGAAUGCCAUGAAUACUUUGCGGUGCAUUUCAACGACCGCCAAACUGCAGGCCUCGGGAGCCGAAGUAUCGUCCAUUUUGGAGGAGAGAAUUUUAGGACAAACAGCUUCAGCUAAUUUAGAUGAGACCGGACGAGUAUUGUCCAUCGGUGACGGUAUUGCUCGCGUUUACGGCCUUAAGAAUAUUCAGGCCGAAGAAAUGGUGGAAUUUUCAAGUGGUCUUAAGGGAAUGGCUCUUAAUUUAGAACCCGAUAACGUCGGUAUUGUGGUCUUCGGUAACGACAAGCUUAUCAAAGAAGGAGAUAUUGUUAAGAGAACCGGUGCUAUCGUAGACGUACCCAUUGGUAUAGAGUUAUUGGGACGUGUUGUCGAUGCUUUGGGUAACGCUAUUGAUGGCAAGGGACCAAUUAAAACAACAAAGAGAGCUCGUGUCGGUCUUAAAGCUCCGGGUAUUAUUCCCAGGAUUAGUGUCAAAGAGCCUAUGCUUACAGGUAUGAAGGCUGUGGACAGCUUAGUACCGAUUGGUAGAGGACAGCGAGAAUUGAUUAUUGGUGAUCGACAAACUGGUAAAACUGCUAUUGCUAUCGACACUAUUAUUAACCAAAAACGAUUCAAUGAUGGAACCGAUGAUAAAAAGAAGUUGUUUUGUGUGUACGUUGCAAUCGGACAGAAGAGAUCAACAGUGGCUCAGAUUGUCAAACGACUUGCAGAUUCCGAUGCAAUGAAGUACACAGUCGUAGUCUGUGCCACCGCCUCCGAUGCGGCGCCUCUUCAAUAUUUGGCUCCAUAUUCUGGUUGUGCAAUGGGAGAGUUCUUCAGAGAUAACGGAAAGCACGCGCUUAUCAUUUACGACGAUCUUUCCAAACAAGCCGUAGCUUAUCGUCAAAUGUCUUUACUUUUGCGUCGACCACCGGGUCGUGAGGCUUAUCCCGGAGAUGUAUUCUAUCUUCACUCCCGAUUACUCGAAAGAGCCGCCAAAAUGAAUGACUCAUUCGGAGGCGGAUCGUUGACAGCUCUCCCCGUAAUUGAAACUCAGGCCGGAGACGUGUCGGCAUAUAUUCCAACAAAUGUCAUCUCCAUCACCGACGGACAAAUCUUCUUAGAAACUGAGCUCUUCUAUAAGGGUAUUCGUCCGGCUAUUAAUGUCGGUCUAUCUGUCAGUCGUGUCGGAUCUGCUGCUCAGACCAGAGCUAUGAAACAGGUGGCCGGUUCAAUGAAGCUUGAGUUAGCUCAAUAUCGAGAAGUGGCCGCUUUUGCCCAAUUCGGCUCAGAUUUGGACGCCGCCACUCAACAACUUCUUAAUAGAGGUGUUCGACUCACAGAACUUCUAAAACAAGGACAAUACGUCCCGAUGCCUAUCGAAGACCAGGUGUCGGUUAUCUACACCGGAGUAAGAGGUUAUUUGGAUAAAAUGGAUCCGUCAAAGAUUGGUCAGUUCGAGAAAGAGUUCUUACAACACAUCAAGACUUCACAUCAGGAUAUGUUGAAUACAAUUGCAAACGAAGGCAAAAUUAGUGACGAAACCGACGCUAAACUCAAGAAAAUAGUAAUAGAUUUUAUGGCAACAUUUCAGGCCUAAUGGCUACCAAUAAUUAAUAUUUAAUAAUAAUGUAAUUAAAUAUAAAAAUUGUUUUAGUUCUUCAAAUAAUUAGAUGCGAUUUUGCAGUCAUUGAUAUCAUUGAAUGCAGUAAUAAAUGAACUUUU